UUCUCGUCCUCCCUGCUGACGUCUGACUUCCGCAUUCCUCGCUCUUCCCGAUCAGGGAUCAGCGCUCGAGAAACGAGCUAAUGCAACGAUUCCCGCUCUUCAAGAUCUACUCGCGACCGACAGCUGACGUCACAAAGGGACUCCACGCGCUCACCGCGGGACCGAAGUCAGCUGUGGUCACGGGCGUUUGUGACAUGAUGCCCGGACAGAUCCCGGACCCCUCGGUGACGGCAGGCUCUCUGCCCAGUCUUGGCCCACUGGCAGGCAUCUCUGCUACCACACUUACUGACCAGCUGAAAUAUGCUGACCUCUGCAAACUCGGGGUCAUGCUGUCCCCUUUACAUCUACUUGGAAAGCUGGGCAAGCGCCCACUCCAGAUUAAAACUGAGAAAGAUGAAGAGGAAGAGCGCAGGAAAAGAAGGCGAGAGAAAAACAAAGUAGCAGCAGCAAGAUGUCGAAACAAAAAGAAAGAAAGAACAGAGUAUUUACAAAGGGAGUCUGAACGUCUGGAAAUGAUGAACUCUGAGCUCAAAGCACAAAUCGAGGAGCUCAAACACAAGUGGAGGAAAAAGUGGAAAAAGAGGGGAGCGGCUUACAGAACGAAACCAAGCCACUAGAGCAAAGCAUCAUGAGUUUCAUGCACUCACAAUUAACUCAAUCAGCCUCAAUGAACACUGUUAGAAAAUAUUGCUCUUGCCUGUCAGACAGAUGAAUGGAUCACUCACAGGUGGAAAACACUUGUAAAACAUCUUUAAAAGGAUUUGCUUUCAACAAGUGACUCUUUUAGAUUUUCUUCAAUAUACUUUUUUAAAGAGUGCAAUGUAAACACUGCAAACCCGGAAGAGUUUUUAAAGAAGUGCUUCUUUUGUUGGAAAACAGCAAGGAGAAUAAUAGAACUCGUUCUCAGUGACCAGGUGCAGAUCAACUGCACCUGGUCACCUUUCACCCGAUCGCCAUCAAAUCAGCAUGAUGGUAUUGGGCAGGGUUUUUCAAACUGGGGUCUGGGGACCCUCAGGGGCUGCUAGUUGGGCCGCAAAUAAUUUCAGAGAAAAAAUAGUGUAAAAAUGUUGAUAAUAUUUGACAUCAUAACAAUUACAUUCUAAAAGCAUUAGAUAAAGAUACACUGUCAACUUAAGGAGUAAAUAUUUUCCAGAUAAUAUUUUAAUAAUUUAUGUAGGCUUUUUCACAAUGACAAUAUAAAAGCCAAUUAUUACAUUUUGCAAACAGUAACUCUUUAGAAUAUCAUAUUUACUUCUUUUCUCACACAGGGGGUCACUCACAAAGGGAUUAUUAAAUCUGGGGAUCCUUGGCAUCAAAAAGUUUGAAAACCCCUGGUAUAGGGUUUUAAAGUCAACACCCCCUGGGAGGUGCUCCCAUAGCAUCAGCUUCUGAUGCAGCAUCGAAGUUACCUUUUUGAAAGGGAACACAUUGUUAAUGUAGUCUGUGUGGUGUUAGACCUUGUAUAGUUUUAUUGAUGGUUUUUGAGGAUGAUGGCAUGUCACACAACCUGUCCAUGUUGACAUCUGUGUAAUUUGGCUAGCUUCACCCAAGUAACAGAUGAAUUUGCACUUAAAAUAUGUUGAGUUUGAUUGGAUACACAAUCUUUAAAUAUGCAUGAUUAUAUGGUUAGUUGUAUUUUAUUACUUGAAUUUAGCAUUAUUUUUCCUUGCUGUCUGCGACCGUAUCGAAACAGACAUGUGACCCACCAGUUGAGAACCACUGCUUUAUGUAAGCUACAGUAGAGUUAACAUAAAGCAUGUGCGUGUCAUCUUUAAAGUAACUGUCUUAU